AUGCAAUAUUAUCAAGCUGCCAUCGAUUUACUUCUUUUUAUCAUACAAUGUUUGAAACAUGUAUUUAAACAAGAAGUUUGGGCGAAAGUAUGUCUUUUGGAUAUAUUAAAUAUGAUCAUUCCGAGAAAUAUUGUUAGAAAUCAUGAAAUCUUUUUUGACGCAAGUUUAAUCGGACUAUUAGAUCUAAUACUCAACGAAUAUAGUCUAGAAGAUAAAAUACUAUUAGAUAAAGACUUUGGUGAUAUAUUUCAAAGAAUUCUAGAUAAUCUUAUCGAAAACAAUCAACUUCAUACACUGUUAUCUAUUUAUGAUGCAAAUGAACACAUACAAAAUAUCUUUCGAAAUUCAUGGAAUAAUCAAAAAUAUGUAAAUAUAAUGACAAGAAAUCGAACAGCAAGACAAUUUUUUAAUGCUCUAUUAGAUGACCAUCUAUUUAGAACAUGGUUAACAAGUACAGAUCUUUUAUUUAUUUUAUUACAGAAGAAAGAAUGUAAAAUUGUAAAAAAACUAUUGAAAUUAUCACCGUCAAAUGUUCAUCAAAUUGAUGAAAAUGGUAAUGAUCCAUUACUUUAUAUCUGUCUGAAAGUACGUGGUUGUCGAGAAUUCUUAGUCGAAUUUCUAAUCGAGAUGGGAUGUGAUUUGCAAAGAAGAAAUUUAAAAGGUGAAAAUUUGAUUGAUGCACUACAAUUGGAAAGAAAUCGACAACUAUUGGAAAGAUUAAUUGAACGAGAAGUUAUUCAAAUUGAUAAUAUUUCAGGCGAAAUAACAUCUAAUUCUUAG